CACACUGUUAAGUUCUGUGCUGUGGUGAAUGUGCGUUCAAGGGCUGGUGUGUAUUGUCUCCAUUCUCUGGGAAAAGUAUGCAAAGUUGUGUGUUGAGUGUGUCCCGCAGUAUGUGUGUGUCUGCAGGAGUUUGUGUUGUGUGUUGUUAAUGGGGCUCUCAUUGUGAGGAUGAGUGACUCGUUGGAGAGGACCACCGACACCCCUCUGCCUGGGCCCUCAGAGAAAACCCCCAGAGAGGGCUCUGACCCUGGGAAAGAGGGUGAAGGGGGUGAUGGAAGUGGGAUGCGUUGGGAAGAUGGAGGCCUGUCUGUGGAGCUUCAGAAGGGGAUGGAGACGCUUCGUGUGAGUGGAGAGCUGACCGACGUGACUCUGCGAGUUCAGGAACAGGACUUCCCCUGCCACAGAGCUGUGCUCGCCGCCGCCAGCCACUACUAUAGGGCGAUGUUCUGCAGUGGUCUGAGAGAGAGUCAUGAGAAGCAGGUGGAGAUUAAAGGGGUGGACAGUGAGACCAUGAAGACUCUACUGGACUACACCUAUACCAGCCGAGCCACCAUCACACACACCAACGUCCAGAGAACACUGGAGGCCGCCAGCCUGUUCCAGUUUCCUCGUGUAGUGGAGGCCUGUGCAGGGUUCCUGGCUGACUCUCUCCAGCCAGAGAGCUGUGUAGGUGUGCUGCGUCUGGCUGAGGCCCACUCAUUGCCUGCGCUGAGAGACAGGGUCCAGGACUACCUGGUUUCAGAGUUCUCCAGAGUGGUUCAGCAUGAGGAGUACCUGGAGCUGCCAGCAGGGGCGCUGCAGAAUGCUCUGAAGAGAGACGACCUGGGAGUGACACGGGAGGAAAGUGUGUUUGAGGCUCUGAUGCGCUGGGUGCGAGCGAAGGAGGAGGAGCGAUGCCUCCUACUAGCUGGUCUUCUGUCAUAUGUGCGGCUGCCACUGCUGGAGCCGGCUUACUUCCUGGAAACGGUGGAGGCCGACCAGCUGAUUCGCCGCUGUGACGAGGCCUUCACCCUGCUGCAGGAGGCUCGCACCUACCACCUGUCAGGCAACGAGGUGGUCACGGAGCGUACCAAGCCCCGUUUACAGCACUACCUAUCUGAGGUGUUCAUGAUCAUCGGUGGCUGCACCAAAGAGGAGCGCUUCGUUGCCACGGUGACCUGCCUUGACCCUCUGCGCCGCAGCCGGCUGGAAGUCGCCAAGCUGCCAAUCACAGAGAUGGAGGAGGAGUCCCACAACAGGAAGUGGGUGGAGUUUGCUUGUGUCACCUUCCGGAAUGAGGUGUUCAUAUCCGGAGGAAAAGAGACACAGCACGAGGCGUGGAAGUACAACGGUGCCCUGGACAGGUGGAUCCCCAUUGAGCCCCUGGUGACUGGGCGCUGGAGACACAAGAUGGCGGUUCACGGGGGGAAGGUGUAUGCCCUGGGGGGGUUCGAUGGGACUCAGAGACUCACCAGCGUGGAAGCCUACGACACAUUUCACAACCGCUGGACACAGGCCCCGCCCCUCCUGUUGGGUGUCAGCUCAUUCGCUGCAGCAAGCUUCAAUAAGUGGAUCUUUGCGAUCGGGGGAGGGCCCAACGGGAAGCUGGCCACUGAUAGGCUGCAGUGCUGGGAGCCAGGGACUGAGAGCUGGGGCCUGCGGUCGCCCAUGCCCAUCGAGGCCAAAUGUACUAACGCUGUCACCUUCAGGGAAUGCAUCUAUGUAGUUGGCGGUGCCAUGCAUGCUCUGUACUGCUACUCCCCCCAGUCAGACAGCUGGUCUAUGGUGACCCGGCUGGGCGAGAGGGCAAGCUGCGCCAUCGCAGCCUGUAACAACAAACUAUUCAUCACUGGUGGUCGUGACGACAAGAACCAGGUCAUCUCCACGGUGAUGUGCUGGGACCCAGUCACAACCACAAUGACAGAGGAAUGUGUGUUACCGCUUGGUGUCUCUCACCACGGAAGCGUCACACUCCACAAGUCCUACACGCACAUACACAGGAUAGCACCUGCGACCGUGUCGGUGUGACAGAGAGCUGGGACUAUGUGUGUGAGAAUGAAUGUGUGGAGAAAAACAAAGGUGGAUGAGGAGCAUGGACUGUGUGUGGGUGUCGGCUUUUUUACUUAUUGUAAGUUGUCUGUAAAAUAACUAAAUGUAAUGCUGAGUUUAGUCUCAUAACAUUUUUUGAAAGUGUAAUGUCACAUUCAAACCGGUACCACUAAAUAAAUCUAAA